GCAAUAGUUGUGAGGUGUAGGAACGAUGUUUCGAUGCGUAUGUUACCCGGGGGGAGAUAUUUGCAGAUGCACAGCUGAUGGAGGGCGGCCGAAAUCCGGCCGGGUUGUGUGUUCUAUUAGUAAAGUGACACGAUUGCAGAAUUCCUUGUAAAUUUGUGCAGAACGUUAGUCAGUAACAAUGCCCACGGUGGUGGUGAUGGAUGUGUCCCUUUCCAUGACAAGGCCAGUCCCAGUGGAGGGGACUGAGGAGUUCCAGCGCAAGCAUCUGGCAGCUCAUGGCCUCACCAUGCUGUUUGAACACAUGGCGACCAACUACAAGCUGGAGUUUACUGCAUUAGUGGUUUUCUCUUCUUUAUGGGAACUUAUGGUACCUUUCACUAGAGACUACAACACCCUUCAGGAAGCUUUGAGUAACAUUGAUGAUUAUGAUAAGACUUGUCUGGAGUCGGCACUGCAAGGAGUGGCCAGUGUGGUUCAACAAGAAUGGGGGGCCUCUAUUCCUUGCCAGGUAGUGCUGGUUACAGAUGGAUGCCUGGGCAUUGGAAAGGGUUCUCUCCACAACUCCCUGUCAUCUUUGAACCAGCGUAGUGAAAGUAACAGAUUCCCUCUGCCAUUUCCUUUCCCUUCCAAGCUUUACAUUAUGUGCAUGGCAAAUCUUGAAGAGCUCCAAAACUCUGAUUCAUUGGACUGCCUUGAAAGGCUCAUUGAUCUGAACAAUGGCGAAGGUCAGAUCUUUACCAUUGAUGGCCCUUUGUGUUUAAAGAAUGUUCAGUCCAUGUUUGGAAAACUCAUUGAUGUUGCAUACACACCGUUCCAUGCAAUCCUCAAAUGUGGGAACCUCUCUUCAGAUGUUCAGGUGUUCCCAAGACCCGAGCCAGUGAUCAUAGACGAAGAGAUAGACCCAAUGCCUAAAUCCAUUAACUCAGAAUUGGAAAUUGUGGGCUUCAUUGACAUUGCCGACAUCUCUAGCCCUCCAGUCCUCUCCCGUCACCUAGUUCUUCCUAUUGCCCUCAACAAAGAAGGAGAUGAUAUUGGAGCUGGACUCACAGAUGAUCUUGAGGAUGAAAAUUCUGCAAGUCAGAUUGCAGGAAAAAGCCCUAAUUUUUGUGUUUUACUCCAUGGUAGUCUGAAGGUUGAAGGCAUGGUGGCUUUGGUGCAGCUUGGACCAGACUGGCAUGGAAUGCUCUAUUCUCAAGCUGAUAGCAAGAAGAAAUCAAAUUUAAUGAUGUCAUUGUUUGAGCCCGGUGUUGAGCCACUACCAUGGCUGGGGAAGACCUCUCAGCUUGGACCCAUAUCAGAUGCCAAAGAGAACCCAUAUGGGGAAGAGGAUAAUAAGAGUCCAUUUCCCUUGCAACCCAAGACAAAACGAAGCUAUGCGCAGAAUGUGACAGUGUGGAUUAAACCUAGCGGACUGCAGACUGAUGUGCAGAAGAUCCUGAGGAAUGCCAGAAAGCUUCCAGAGAAGACUCAAACCUUCUAUAAAGAACUGAACCGACUAAGGAAAGCAGCCCUUGCAUUUGGAUUCCUGGACUUAUUAAAGGGAGUGUCCGAUAUGUUGGAAAGAGAAUGCACGCUGCUGCCAGACACUGCGCAUCCUGAUGCCGCCUUCCAGCUCUCACAUGCAGCAGCACAGCUCAAACUUGCCAGUACUGGGAGCUCUGAACAUGCUGCAUAUGACCAUAAUAUUGUACCUCUGCAAACAGACUUCUCAGGACGUGGUUCAGAUAGGAUGUGACACUCUGGGACUUAAAUUCUUUGGUGACAAUUUAACAUCGCGGUGCACAUCAUUGGUGGUGAUGACGUUACCUCCAAGAUUGAACACUGUCCAAUGGCGGAAUGACUAAAGGAAACUGAUCCUGAGUUGUUAGGGGCCAUUUUGCUGGGAAGUCUAUGAAUCUGAGACAGGACAGUAGGUAGCAGUCACAAUCUAUCCAGUUAAUUGACAGGAUUAUAAAGAUAUGUAUAUUUGAGAUAUAGAAAUCGAAGACUUGUACAUUAUUUUUUUUGUAUAUAGUUAGUGUUUAACAACUGGUAGGCAUCUUAGUUUUGUCGAAGGACAUUACAGAAAUGAUUUCCUCAAACAAUAAUGCUUUUUGUCACUUUAACAUUCCAGUCAUAUGGAGCUACUGCUGGCGUAGCAUGCACCAAAGUAAAGAAGUGGAAGUACUGAA